CUCGAAGCCGACCUCAGCAGCUCUGCGCCCUGCGGCCAGGAAAAAAAAGCGACACCACGGGCGACCUUUUCCAGCAGCCCAACCCAUCGUCCGCGCGCCACCAUGGAUGAUCUUUACGACGAGUUUGGCAAUUACAUCGGCGAGGCCGCCGACUCGGAUGAGGAGGCCGAACAUGACCAGGCCCGACCCCCCAAUUUCGCAUUUGACGAGGCCUUUGGGGAGGAGGAAGACGAUGCCGACAACCAGGAACAGCUGAUGGAGGUUGAUGAGGGCCCUUCGAAUGCCGUCAUCCUACAUGAAGACAAACAAUACUACCCUAGUGCCCAGCAGGUAUACGGUGCAGAUGUCGAAACCUUGGUGCAAGAAGAGGACACGCAACCUCUGUCUGAGCCUAUCAUUGCCCCCGUUCAGCAGCGGAAAUUUGCCGUCGAAGAGGCCGAGCUACCACCCGUCCAUUUCUCUCGGGAGUUCAUGACAGAAUUACUCAAUUUUCCCGAUCAAGUAAGAAACAUUGCUCUUGUGGGACAUCUACAUCAUGGGAAAACGGCCCUCAUGGAUAUGUUCGUCAUGCAAACACACGAUCUAUCUGAACGCCUGCAAACACGAACAGGCAUGCAAAGUGAGGAGCAACUCCGGUAUACUGAUGUUCAUGUUCUCGAAAGGGCUCGGGGGCUUUCAAUAAAGUCAUCACCUAUGAGCCUUGUUCUCCAAAGCACAAAGGGGAAAUCUCAUCUGUUCAACAUCAUCGAUACUCCGGGACAUGUGAAUUUUGUGGAUGAAGUAGCUGCUUCUUCGAGGCUGGCCGACGGUAUAGUGCUAGUUGUUGACAUUGUGGAGGGUGUACAGGCAAACACCGAACAAAUGAUCAAACACGCCGUGCUGGAGGACCUGCCCUUGACUUUGGUUGUGAAUAAGAUGGACAGAUUGAUCCUAGAGCUGAAGAUUCCGCCCAAUGACGCUUAUUUCAAAUUGAAGCAUGUGAUUGAGGAAGUCAACACAGUGAUUGAAAGCAUUUUGCCCGGGCAAGGCGAAAGCAGGCGGUUGAGCCCCGAGAAAGGAAAUGUUGCUUUUGCCUGUGCGUCAAUGGGUUGGUGUUUUACAUUGCAAUCAUUUGCGAAAAUGUAUGCGGAGACUUAUCCUCAGAUUGAGACCGCGGACCUCGCCCGUCGCCUCUGGGGGGAUGUUUUCUUCAACCCUCGGAGCCGGAAGUUUACGCGCAGGGGUGUGGAUGAAGGCUCCAAACGAACGUUUGUAAAUUUUGUUUUGGAGCCAAUCUACAAGCUCUAUUCUCACACUAUCAGUGAGAGCGCCGAUGAUCUGAAAGAGACGCUUGCAAGUGUGGGUAUUAACCUAAAGCCCUCCCAAUUGAAGUCGGAUGCGAAGGUUCUGCUGAAUCUAGUCUGUGAACAAUUUUUCGGUCCCGCGACCGGCUUUGUGGACAUGAUCAUUCAGAACGUGCCUUCUCCAUUAGAGGGUUCUCGGAAGAAGCUAGAGAGACACUACACCGGGCCUCUCAAUACUAAAAUAGCCGCCGCGAUGACUGCGUGCAAUGCGGAUGGGCCACUUGUCAUCCAUGUCACCAAACUGUUCAACAACUCCGAUGCUUCAAGCUUCCAUGCCUUCGGAAGGAUCAUGAGUGGAACCGCCCGGCCUGGCCAACAGGUUCGGGUUUUGGGCGAGGGCUAUACCCCAGAAGACGAAGAAGACAUGGUCACUGCGACUAUAUCAGAUACCUGGAUUGCUGAGACGCGUUACAACAUCCCCACUAGCGGCGUGCCAGCAGGAAAUUUCGUCCUCCUGGGCGGUGUGGACAAUUCCAUUGUCAAAACGGCCACACUUGUUCCUUUAACACUUGAAGAUGGAGAGGAUGCAUACAUCUUCAAGCCAAUUCGGAGCAUGACCGAGUCCAUCUUCAAAGUUGCUGUUGAACCGGUUAACCCUUCAGAACUACCCAAGAUGCUUGAUGGUCUCCGUAAAGUCAACAAAAGCUACCCUCUAAUUACAACCAAGGUAGAGGAGUCUGGCGAACACGUCGUCUUGGGCACCGGUGAACUUUAUAUGGAUUGCGUCCUCCAUGAUCUUCGAAGAUUAUAUUCGGAAAUGGAAAUCAAGGUCUCGGACCCUGUGACGCGCUUUUGUGAGACAGUCGCAGAGACGUCGGCCAUCAUGUGCUAUUCAAUCACGCCGAAUAAGAAAAACAAGAUCACAAUGAUUGCGGAGCCGCUGGACGAUGGAAUCGCAGAGGACAUUGAGAGCAGCAGAGUCCGCAUCAAGGAUCCAAUCCGGAAAGUGGCGAAAUUCUUCGAAGAGAACUAUGACUGGGAUAAGCUGGCAGCCAGAAGCAUCUGGGCCUUUGGGCCGGACGAAAUGGGCCCUAACAUAUUACAAGACGACACACUACCAUCUCAAGUGGAUAAAAAGCUCAUUGGCAGUGUCAGAGACUCCAUUACACAGGGGUUUAAUUGGGGAACGAGGGAAGGUCCACUAUGUGAAGAACCAAUCCGGAACACCAAAUUCAGGCUCACAGACGUUUCACUUGCCGACCAAGCUAUCUACCGAGGCGGGGGCCAGAUCAUUCCCACAGCUCGGCGCGCCGUUUACUCUUCGUUUCUCAUGGCAUCUCCCCGCCUGAUGGAACCAAUCUACUCUUGUGCGAUGACAGGGCCUGCAGAUGCUGUGGCAUCGAUGUAUACAGUCCUUUCGCGCAGAAGAGGACACGUGCUUGCCGACGGGCCAAUUGCGGGCACCCCGCUCUAUUCGGUGCGCGGGCUAAUUCCCGUCAUAGACUCGUUUGGUUUUGAGACGGAUCUUCGAAUCCAUACACAGGGCCAGGCUUCUAUAAGUCUCGUGUUCGAUAAGUGGAGUGUGGUGCCAGGGGAUCCAUUGGACCGAGAGGUCAAGACCAAGCCCCUCGAGAUGGCACCUGCAAUGGCCACCGCUCGAGAUUUCGUGCUCAAAACGAGGAGGCGGAAGGGACUCGCGGAAGAUGUCACCGUGAGCAAAUUCUUGGAGCCGGAUCUUUGGAAAGGUCUGAAGGAAAGUGGCGUUCUAGACUCGUGACCAAAAAUAAGACGAGAGGAAUCGAAGCACCUUAUGUUAGAAGGUCUUGAGUUUCGUGCUGUUGUAUUAAGGAAUUUUUCAAUGAAAAGGGCAAAGUUCAAUGGGAUCGUC